AUGGCGGAUAUUGCAAACAAAUGGGUACGCCAUCUCAGAACUCGGGAUCGGAAGGACAGGGACAAAGGAGGAGAGUCCCAAUCCUUCGUUUGCGAGAUUUGUGGUGACGAAUCCCACACUAUAGAAGCAUGGCGCCAACACGCUCGAAGCGAUCGUGAGCAUCGUAGUAAGUGGCCAACUGCGCAAGCCGCAGAAGAAUACGUUAAAGGUGGUGUCAAUAGACCCGACAGUCAGGACUCUUCCAACAGUAGAAAACGUCGGGCCGACGCAAAUAUUGAAACCGCAGAGGAGGAGGCCCAGAAAGGACCUGCAGCCGACGAGGACCAAGAUGCAGACGGACAUAGAGACAAACGCUGGUCCCCCCCGCCUGAGCCGCAGGUCGCUUUCAGCCGCAGCCGCGCCCGCAAUGAUACCCGGAGCGACUUCGAGCGCGGGCCCCACAAGAAUACUUCGGGCCGUCAGCUAUGGAACGAAGACAACCCUCAACCAAAGUCAAAUAGCCAAGGACGCUUUGUGUCUCAAUCUUCACCCAGGCAGGGGCCACCCCCCAAAGCGAAUAGGCAUAUACAGCCCGCUGCCCAACAGCCCCCUCCACCUUCAAUCAACGACGAUGACUCGUCUAGGAUGAUGCGCCAACCAGAGACCAGGCCAAUCUCUCAAGAUCAGCUUGUCGCAGAGGUCAAGGGCAUAUACGCAGGCCUGGUCAUGGUUGAGACAAAAUGUAUUGAAGUUGACAAUACACAAUCAUCCAAUACCGAUGCCAACUCAAAGCUCAAUAAUGAACAAUGGCAGGCAUUAAUUGCUCUGCACAGAACCCUUCUUCAUGAGCAUCACGACUUCUUUCUCGCAAGUCAACACCCAUCUGCCAGUCCGGCCUUACGCAGAUUGGCUUCUAAAUAUGCUAUGCCUGCUCGCAUGUGGAGACAUGGAAUCCAUUCAUUUCUUGAACUUCUAAGACAUCGAUUGCCAGCCUCUCUCGAACAUAUGCUCACUUUCCUGUAUUUGGCAUAUAGCAUGAUGGCUCUGUUAUAUGAAACUGUGCCUGCUUUCGAAGACACCUGGAUCGAGUGCCUUGGUGACCUUGGUCGAUAUCGCAUGGCUAUUGAGGACGACGAUAUUCGCGACCGAGAAGUGUGGACUGGUGUAAGUCGUCAUUGGUACAGUAAAGCCUCAGAAAAAUCGCCUACGACGGGAAGGCUCUACCACCAUCUUGCUAUCCUGGCACGGCCUAACGCACUUCAACAACUCUACUUUUACACCAAAUCCCUCUGCGUUCCCAUUCCAUUUUCCAGCGCCCGAGAGAGUAUCAUGACGUUGUUUGAUCCUAUAUUGAAUAACAGUCCCACUCGUCUGUCGCAAAUUGAUGCCUCAUUUGUUCGCGCCCAUGGAAUACUCUUCUCUGGCAAGUCUUGGGACCAGCUUGAAGACACCAUGAAUGCAUUUGCUCAACAGUUGGAUAAUCAUGUCGCCCGGUCCACUAAGAGGUGGUUGGAAUCAGGAUAUUACAUUGCAAUCUCUCUUGCUUGCUCCCUCAUUGGGUACGGUGCUGAAUCCAAUGUUCUUAUGCGGGCCAUUUCCAAGAAGCCUGAGGAGACAGAUGUUGCUAUGGGCGAGAGUACAAUUUCUGAAACCAUGCCAGACGAGAAAUUUAAGCCUGCUCUAAAGUUUGGAGUAAGCACGAUUAAGACUGUAAUUAAUCGUUGGGGAGACACCAACACUUUGCCUUUUCUGCAUACGAUUUUGGUCUUCAUGAACUACAUGACCCGAUAUCCCGCAGCCAUGAACCACUUGGAGGCUGAAUUUCCUUGGAAGUUUACCGCGUUGAUGCUCAACUCUCUAUUAGGAUCUUGCGAGCCUGGAUACAAAGUUUCAAGUCACAUACCACUGCCGGAAAAGGACCAGGCUCCACGUCCGUUGCCAGAAGAUUUUGCAAUGCGAGGGUUGCUCUACUCGGAGGACUAUAUUCCUAACGAAUGGUUCCAUAAUGAGAAAAUCGAUGAGGACGAGAAAUACUUUGAACUGGCCUCCAUGGCAGAAGAACGCAGGGGCCGGAUUCUUUCUUUGGGAUGCAGCAUUGCUACUUCUGGCAGCUGGCUGAUUUGGGAUGAAGCCACUAACCAGUUCUCGCCCGCGGCCAAGUAUGACAUAGACUUACAAGGCCCCGCGGAAGCCGCCCCUUUCCUCGUCAAGCUAUCGGAAGCUUGA